GUAGCGGCUGAUAGUCCGAUUCAAGUCACAUCAACACUACUAAAUCUGGGGAGAAGUGGGACAUAGAAUUCCAAAGGCGUUUAAUGUUGGGUUUUUCUAAGUCUCUCUCUCUGAGAGUUUUCCUCUGUCUCCUCUGUGAGAGUUUCCUCCAAGCUCGAGCUUGUGACUUUUCGUCUCCCACUCUCGUGGGUUCUGUUCUCACCUUAUUCUACUUCUCGACCAAAUUUUCCCUAUCUUCUCAGUGCUUUUCUUUGUGGUCUGGGUUUUGAGUCUCCAUGGCGACGGAGUUAGAGAAGAGGCUGACGAACUUCCACUUAUCAGAGGAAGAAGAAAGCAUAAUCAAGGUCGAAGACGACGAUGUGGAUGUCCGAGUUGAAGAAAUUAUUGAAGACUUGGGAGUGGUGGGUUCGCUCCAGGGAACAAGAUCCCCAGGAGCAAAGUUCAUGAAGACUGCUUUGAUUGCGGCCUGGAAAACGAAGAAAGACUUUGUGAUUCAGCCUAUUGGUGAGCGCCUCUAUGCAUUCCAAUUUUUCAGCAAAGAAGAUAGAGAAAAGGCGUUAUAUGGAGGCCCAUGGCAUUUCGACAAUCAGCUAAUAAUAUUGAAGCCAGUGGAAAGAGACAAAGAAGUAUCAGAGCUGGACUUCACAGAAACGGAUAUUUGGGUAAGAAUAAGGAAGCUGCCUCCAAAAAUGAGAACUGUGAGAAUGGCAGAGAAGAUUGGAGCUUUGUUUGGGUCACUUAAAGUUUUGGAUGCAGAUAGUUCGGAACCAUGGAGCAAUUACAUGAGAAUAAGAGUGUCUUUCAAUGUCACUAAACCGCUGAGAAGAGGAGUGUUACUGUCAAAUGGAGCUGAGAAUAUCUGGUACAAAGUGGCGUAUGAGAAGCUACCAAAUUUCUGCUACAACUGUGGUAUUCUAGGCCAUCUGAAACGAAAUUGCAAGGAGGAAAUUCUGCCAGAUGAAGAAGCACAGUAUGGAGGAUGGUUGAGGGCAAAUUCACCCGUGAAAAAAAUGAAAUCUAGAAAUAAAUCAGAAGUGGAAAGAUUAGCCCUGUUAUGGUCGGAAGCAAAACAAAGCAAAACCGGUGACUACUCCGGUGAGAGUACAAUCGGAAAAACGGAGACACAAGGGCUGGAACAACCGACGAUUCAGAUUCCGCCUAAAACUCCACGUAGAAGGCUGUUUGAUUUGAUCAAGGCGGGAAAUGAGAAGCAAGCAGUAAAUAGCCUGGAAGACGAAGAGACUAUUAGAAAGAAACAUGUCAAUAAAGACACAGAAAGGCAAAUGGGAAAUUGUGAAGGUAUGACAGCUGGUAUGUUGGAGGAAGGAAAGAAAAAAGAAAGCUAUACGAUAAAGGAGAAGGAAAGAGAUCAAUUGGACCAGGAGGUAUCGGGCUUGGCCUUAUUGGGCCUCAAGGAAUCAGUGGAAAAACAAAGGAAUUAUACAGGAGCCCAAAGAAGCAGUGACAGAGAAGAAAAUGAAAAGAAAGCUGGGCUUAAGACUUGGACCAGACUGAAGAAGGAAGAGAAGGCACAGGGAGGAACAAAUGGAAGAAAGUUUACGGGGGAAAAGAGAAGAAGUGAAGAAGACUUGGAUAUAGAUUCGGAAGAGAUAAUUGAGAAAGCUGGAUGGAAGGAUGGAAAGAGGAGUAAAGGGAUGGCAGCAGAAACCACAUGUGAACCAGAGGCGGACCCUGCCAAGCAGCAGGGCCGCCUAUCGCAAUGACUCUCUUAAGCCUAAACUGCCAGGGGUUGGGGAAUCCCCGGGCAGUGGCGUCCCUGAAUUCGGUUAUCCGACUUCACAAACCCCAAAUUGUGUUCCUGAUGGAAACAAAGCUUCUGGAGAAAGAUUGGGAGGCAAUAAAAAUGGAUCUGGGAUUUGAUUUCGUGGAAGGAGUUCCAGUAGAGGGAAAGGCGGGUGGAUUAUGCCUACUCUGGAAAAAGGAAGUGAAGAUUAAAAUUCUAUCUAGCACUAAAAACCAUAUGGAUGCGGAAGUUCAAAUUGAGGAGGAGAAUAAGAAAUGGAGGUUUACGGG